UUACCUCACGGUUUAAAAGUCUCAUACAUUUUGUUUAUGUUUGGGGAAUAAUUGUCGGACAUGGUGCAUCCGGGGGAAGAUGUUACUCGUUUCAUCCGAUGAUAAAGACGAUAACCGGCGCGUUUGUUUUCCGUGAGGCUUUAUUUCGCGUUUAAGCUCCGUUUCGCGCGUAUGUGCCCUUUGCCCCUCCACGGACUAUACUGCGCCAUUGAAACCCUGAAUGUUUGCUCCGUCGUGUUUCCUGCGCGCACCCGUGGAUAGAUACUUAACAUCAAACGCGCACAUCUUGCGUGUUUAUGUCGCAGUGAGCCGGAUACAAAAGUUGCGUUAUGCUGGGCGAAAGUUGUAGCGCGCGCGACCGCUAACUGGCAUUAGCUACUAGUUCGCACGCGAGGGAGCCGGUUCUACCGAACUCUGAGUCUGAACUAAGCCAAUCGCUCUGUAUCUCUUUUGACUGUGUUUAUGCGAUAUCCUCGGACUGAAACGACACCGGGAGAAUGACAUUCGCCGGUAUACAAACCGCUUGACAGUUUCUAUCUUCUCCCACAUUCGUGUUGGUAUUUUCCCCACUUUGGGCAUUUACAGACGCGCCAGCUCGAUUUUCGACACGGAGCGGGAACAUAUGUGGUUUAUAUGUUGUGUUGCGUUCCGUAUUGGCAGGGCUGAAGGGUAGCUUGUGACCCAUACUUGCUUGAGUUUGUGUCGGAGGGGCGUUUACCGUGAAGCAGAAGCGGUUUGACGGGCAGAUCGCGAGCUGUCGGGAGUUUGACAAGCGGCUUAUGUAACGCUGGUGAUUCUGCGCUCGAGCGUCAGCAAAAUAACGAUUAUUCCUGCGACGCAAAGUUUAUUCACCGACAUGUUUUGCGCGCGUCAACCCCGCGCCGCGUCGAUUUCUGCGUGAGUUGUUUGUUUGUCGAGGCUCGCUUGUGUGAAACAUUGUGUCGAAGCUGCAACGCGUCCUGGCAACAUCGUACAACGUUUAUCGGCCAUGCUGGAAGUUCAUCGAGCAAGUGUCGCGGAUGUGAUCUGAACGCCAGAAAAGCUUUGGGCUUGUAUAGAAAUGCACUUUUCGACAUAAAGCUAAGGAUCAAGAUAUGGAUCGUGGACUGAAACGCAGCAGUAGUGAAGCUGAAGGUUUGACAUUUGGGGACUGCAUUGAGAGAGGCCUAGUACCUGAAGUUUCCGCUUUAAGCACGUCAGGCGAUUUCUCGAACGGACUGAACGCUGGUGACGUUCAAAGGAAUCUAUCCAUGGCCGAGCCAUCCUCGAUAGGACACAACAUACAGGAACCAGAUCUUAAAAUAUUCAAACCCUUCAGAAUGCACCGCCAACAAAAGGUAAAGGAGCCGCUUAGUCUGAGCAUUGGGGAGAAUUUUUCUCUCUUGGACGAGAGCAUCACAGACUUAAACCGCAGUUCUGGCAUACAGGCCCCGGACACUUUCACUUUGAAAAUGGAGGAGUUCUCCCCUGUGGACAAAGAUCGGCUGGACUUUUCGCCCUACGGCCACCUGGAUAAAGAUACAGAUAAUAGCGAGAGACUUAUCGGAGACAACACGCUGGACAUCCUGAAGGAUCUUGACAUACCUAGCUCUCUUUCAGACCUGAAUGAGUUUUACGUUGCCGACGAGACUGCCUUCCUCUCAUCCCUGGCAGUGGAUGAAGCCCUGCUUGUAGAGAGCAACAUGCUGAAGGAAACCAGCCCCGUUGUCACUGGCAACAGUGCAACCUGCACAAAUGUGAACGGCGCGGGGAGACGGCAGCAGAUGGUGGAGGCCAAUGUCAACAUGCCGGUCAUAAAAACGGAGAAAGACACAGAUUUUAUCCAGCUGUGUACACCGGGUGUCAUCAAACAGGAGAAUGAAAGGCAGAGCUACUGUCAGAUGUCAGGAAUGGGUGGGUCUCACGGUGGGCCCGCCGCGGUGGGAGAUAUGGGCGGACAGGUGUUCCACUAAGGAACCGCUAAUAUCUUGGGUUUACCCGAUCAGAAACCUGUGUUCGGCUUGUUUCCGCCCCUGCAUACCAUCAAUGAUGGCUGGAAUCGAGGAAAUGGUUAUGGAGAUGGGAUGCAGAGAGCCAAUGAGAACGUACUUCCGUCCAACUACCCCUACAGCAGUUCUUUGGGAAGGCCUGAGGUCAGCAGCUCCAGUGCGUCCGGAUCAGUCAAGCCCAGCUCAAACAGCCAUAAGAUCUGCCUGGUGUGCUCGGACGAAGCCUCGGGAUGCCAUUACGGGGUGCUCACCUGUGGCAGCUGCAAGGUUUUCUUCAAAAGAGCUGUGGAGGGCUGGAGAGCGCGACAAAACACAGAUGGACAACACAACUAUCUGUGCGCCGGGAGAAACGACUGCAUCAUCGACAAGAUCAGGAGGAAAAACUGCCCGGCCUGUCGCUUCCGCAAGUGUCUGCAGGCUGGCAUGAAUCUGGAAGCUCGCAAAAACAAGAAGCUGAUGCGGAUGAGGGGUCAGUCGCCCUCGAGCGAGCCGGCUUCACCUCUGCCCGACGAUCGCAUGUGCUCCCUGGUGCCCAAGGCCAUGCCCCAGCUGGUGCCCACCAUGUUGUCCCUGCUCAAAGCCAUUGAGCCCGAGAUCAUUUACGCCGGCUACGACAGCACCCUCCCGGACACCUCUACCCGUCUCAUGACGACCCUCAACCGUCUGGGCGGACGUCAAGUUGUCUCUGCGGUCAAGUGGGCCAAAGCCCUUCCAGGCUUCAGAAAUCUGCACCUGGAUGACCAGAUGACGCUGUUGCAGUGCUCGUGGCUCUUCCUCAUGUCCUUCGGUCUGGGCUGGAGAUCUUACCAGCAGUGUGAUGGAGGAAUGCUGUGUUUUGCUCCAGAUCUCGUCAUCAACGAAGAGCGGAUGAAACUGCCCUACAUGAAUGAUCAGUGUAGCCAGAUGCUGAAGAUCGCCAAUGAGCUGGUCAGACUGCAGGUGUCCUAUGAUGAGUAUCUCUGCAUGAAGGUGCUUCUGCUCCUCAGCACAGUACCAAAAGACGGGCUCAAGAGCCAGGCCGUGUUCGAUGAGAUCCGCAUGUCAUACAUCAAGGAGCUUGGCAAAGCCAUUGUGAAACGAGAGGAGAACUCCAGCCAGAACUGGCAGAGGUUUUACCAGCUCACUAAGCUCUUGGACUCCAUGCAGGAGAUGGUGGAAGGCCUCCUCAGCUUCUGUUUCUACACGUUUGUGAAUAAAUCCCUGAGUGUGGAGUUUCCCGAGAUGUUGGCGGAGAUCAUCAGCCACCAGCUACCAAAAUUUAAAGACGGGAGCGUCAAGCCACUUCUGUUUCAUCAGAAAUGACUGCCUUAGUUCGUAACAAUGCCUUAAUCAUGCCACCCUUCCCUUACCAGCAUUAGUCCCACACGCCCGCUUCCCCCUCCCGAACCGUCCCGAAUGAAGCGAGGCAUCACUUCGAAUCGAGAAGAAACGGGUGAAAAUCAUCUACAACGGAGCAGCGGAGUAAACUUUCUCGACGCUUUUCAAACUCUUCAAGCCUUCACGUCCUUCGCGAAAGACCUCGCCAUUUUCUCUUUUUUUGCAUGUACACUGCUGAAAUGUUUACAUGGGUUUAUCAAAAAAGGGAAAUCGUGCCUUUUUUGCGCUUGGCGAACUGACUGGCAGCCGUUUCUCAGGCUAAGACUUUGCGUUCGUGCUUUUGUGUCGAUGUGUGAUAACACUUGUCGCGCCUGUUUCCACUCGUAUCCGAAGCGGCUGCGAUGGUUGUCUGGAAUUGGCAGCUUAAAGGUCCCCCGAGGUGCUAAAGUUUAACUCGAGAGGUGCUUGUGGAAACCUCCAAGCAGCCCGUGAAACACGAGGCCCUUUUGUGCUCAUUUUGAAGUCUCAUCGAAGGUAUUUGUAUGAAACACUAUUAAACGCCACGCAGUCUUUAAUAUGUUCCAAGUCACAGGAAGCUCCAUUGAAAUUGGAAAUCGAAAUAUUGAAUUAUUCAUGCGUUUUUGUUUGUGGAUUAUUAGCAGGUUCACUUGGAAUAAUUGACCAUCCAUCGCCUGUUACAUGCGUUCAGAUGUAAUUCAGAGAGCUGAUGGUUGAGGGUCAGAAUUAUCGUCCAUUCAUUGUGAUCAGGUGUAGAUGAGAAUACUCCCAACCCCCCCCCCCAUUUGUGUGUAUACUUGACAGGUUGGUUGUAUUUACCUUCUGCCAUAUAUCAAAUUCUUCUUAUUUCAUUUUCAUUGCAAAUUGUUUCUUCAUUGUCAGAAUACUCUUGACAAAAUGUGAGAACCCAUCUGAGACCGAGUAAGCGUGUAACCCACUCUCUUUCGCCUUUCAUGUGCCAAGCAACAGAUGCUUUCUUUUGUGCUAACUUCAAGAACAAAAGGAAGAUUUGUUUUUCCAGUGCUCAUCGUAGGAUCAUAAAAGGAUCAUUUAAAAGAAAUAUUUUUUAAAAAGCAUGACAUGAGUAAAUAAUGACAGAAUUGUGCAUUUUGCCUGAUGUAUAACUACAGGCUUCUAAUUCAUAUUAUUUUUGGCAACAUGCUGCACUUUAAAACAUUUAACAAAGUAGGGCUGAAUAACAAUUAGUCGCGAUAAAUAAAUGUUUUUGUUUACAUAAUAUUUGUGAAUGUAGUGUGUAUAAUAAUUAUGUAUCUAUAAAUACACACACGCACACACACAA